GGUGGCAGGGUCCGCCACAUAUAAGCAAAGUAAAACAGUAUGAAAUUGUGUUGGCCCUUAAUUUAGUUAGUUUAAUCUGUGUAUUCAGUCAUUAAAUCAAAACGUGUUUGUGUAUUUAGUUUGUUUAGGCAUAAAGAAAUCAGUCAAUGAAGUUUUUUUUUUUUUUUUUUUCAUCUGGUUAAAAUUUCCUCCCCAAUAACUACAGACUGCACCUUUAAAGUGUAUGUUUUAUGUGCUGUAUGUUUGCUAAGGGUGGAACAUUUACCCUCCUCACAACACAUGAAUUAAUUUCCCAUGUGUGUUAAGUGUUGGAAUAAGUGGGGACUGUUUUGUGUCCAUGUGGGAAACCCGGCGUCUAUUUCAUUGGUGUCUCUCUGACUGUUACAGGACUCUGAGCUCCCAUGAGGCCCGCUUGAUUGUGUGUUUGGAGGGGGUUAAUUCCCAAUUUCCUCUCACACCACCUAAUUAAUAAACACACAGCUACAAGGACUGUUUUUCUAUUCAAGGAUUAUUUUUCCAUUGUGGUUACGCAGUCGUCCCCACGGAUAAUAAUUAACAGGAGGGAGAGCGCGUCUCAGUCUGCGUGUGUGUGCGUUGGUGAAAAUUAUACAUGUUGUGUUUUUGUGAAAUCCCAAGAGUUUUAUAGAAUAAUCCUCUGUACUAACGGGCAGUCAAUAUUUUUCCAGAGUAAAGUUCCAGUGUUUCCGUACUGAAUUUAUCUACAGGUUUUAUUUCUCACAUCCUGUCUCAUGAUGCCACUUUGAGCUCCCUGUCCAGACUGCUAACUGCAUGCUUUAAAACAGCUACAUGGGCAGUUAGCAGUUGAGCAGGUAAACUGUCCCCCCACUAGUUUGGAGCUUGAGUAAGGUGGCCUUUUCUUACAUAUUGCACCCUUAAAGUUGAGGGAUUUCCAUAAUAAUAUAUAAUCAGCUCAUAAAAUAAUAUGUUAUGGAUUAAACAAGCAGAGUAUAAAGUAGUUUUACUUUGAUUGACAUAAAAUGGUGCCUAUCCAAUAAUAUGGAAAAUAAGGAGAGUCAUUCUUCCCCUUCAUGUACACUUAAACUUGUAAUUCUUUGAGUAGGUUGUGUUGUUAAAGGAACAGUGCACCAAAAAUGAAAAUUCAGUUAUUUACUACUGGAGAUUCACAGCAGAACAGACACAACUGAAGUUGAUGGGAACUUGUUUUAACAUGUAAAAAAACAACCCUCCCAAAAAAUGUAAAAUGGCCCCAUACAGCUUGUCCAGUGUAAUCCAAGUCUCUGGAGGCCCCGAGAUCUCAAAUUGAUUUGAAAGAUGUUAUUUACAAUCUUUAUUAGACAAAAUGUUCCCCGUUAGCUGCCAAUCUAAAAGGGUUAGCACACAUUGAGUCUGAGGUGGGUGCACAAGCUCUACCGAACGUUGACGGUGUAAAUAAAGUCCUUUCAAAUCAGUUGGAGAUCUCAGGGCUUCGGGAGACUUGGAUUAUGGCUGUAUGGGGCCAUUAAUUAAUCCUUUUUGUUUCUUUAGUCCCCAUCUACUUCAGUUGUUCAGGAGAAUGCUGCAACACUGCUGUGAAGUGCCGGAAAUGUUUUGUGGACUCUCCUGACUUUACAUCAGCAUGUCUUGCAAGAUGAACUUCAAGAACCUUUUGGAGUACCUGGCCUGGCUGUACUACCAGUACCUGCUCAUCACCGGCAUCUAUGUCCUGGAGCCGUGGGAAAAGUCCAUCUUCAACUCCAUCCUCUUCUCCGCCAUCGCCAUGGUGAUCUACACCUCGUAUGUCUUUGUGCCCAUCCACGUGCGGCUCGCACUGGAGUUUUUCUCGGGGAUCUUUGGCGGCCAGCCUGAGAGCACCAUGGCACUCAUGAACUAAACGAGGGAGAGGAAGAGGCAGCGGCUGGGUGGAUUAACAUGAAGUCCCCAAAUCAUUUCCUCCUCGGCCCCCAAAGUACCUCUUUACACCACGUUCAUCCCCAACCACAGCGGUCAGUCACCUCAUCUAAUCGAGACUGAAAACAUGAAGAUUUUAAUGGAACAAUCUGGAAAUCAGAGCCUUUCUAUCUUCUUUACGUCCCAAACCCUCUGGCCUUACCCCACGGUAUUAGACACUCGACUCUACAUCACUUUCACACCCUCGCUGUGAAACGUCUUGUGAAUUGUUGUUUGUCCUUUUUCUCUUUUAUUGAUUUUUUUUUUCUACCCACGUGUCCUGUGUGAGUGCAUACCACCUCUGGGUUUUGCAUGAUAGGGUCAUAUGUGGGUGGUUCAUUUGCAUGCUCAUCUCAAUACAAAAUAUAGACACUUUUCUUUUCAUCACGACUGUUAAGUCUUUAAAGGAGUAUUCCUGUGAUUUAGGUGGUCAGUUCCAUAUAAUGGGGGCGAGAAACGAAGCAGCAGGGAUGGUGAUGUAUAGACUUUUAGGCUGCGAUCAGAGCCAAAGAAGACUUUUUACUUUUUUUUUUAGGACUCAGGAGUAAACUGAACAUGGUGUAUAAAAUCGGUGUAGUGCCCCUUUAAGCAUGUCUGUUCCAAUCUACAUCUGUGACACCAUGUUAUCACUGAUUGUGAGUCGCUCUCUGGUGAAACGGGGGUUAGUUCUCUUCCCAACAUUUCUGACAUGCACUUAAUGUUACUGGUUGAUCUAUGGUUUUGUAUCAGAACCACCAUCACCUUGUUUAAGUUGCCUUCAUGCACUGUAAUGCUAACUGGCAGGGUACACCGCACAUUUCAAGUCACUGCGUAGCUGAUAUUCAAAGUGAAAGCUGACAGAAAAGCCCAAGCUAUGCAAUUAAUCUAAAGGCAUCACAAUCAGGGAUCUGUUUGUCCCAGGCCCUCAUUUAGUGGUCAAAGCGAGUAAUAAAAGGAAAAAAUGUACCGGCAUGUGUGCCGAGCCCUCUCUUUAUCUCCUGUUUUUUGACUGGUUGGUAUGUCAGGAAGGUGUGCUCAGUGCUGAGCAUUAGCAAAUAUUGAUACAACACUCCUUUUCAUUUUAGGCUUGGCUUUGUUAAUGACGAAGCUUAACUCAAUCAACAGCCUCUGAACUCAAAGCAGAACUGUUUGCUGUCACAUGCAAAGUGCAGUCAAAUUGGCCUGAAUGAAAAGCGAAGCCUGACAGGCGGAACGGAAACCCCGUCCUCCUCAUCUAUAGUUGAUCUAUAGAGAAUGAGUCCUAUCUGGUAGUUGGGAUGAGUGUUGCAUUUAGUUGUGUUUUAAAGAUCAUCUUUUAUUAUUUUUGCUUUGGGUCAAGGGCUCGCUGAUUACAGUCUAAUCAUGAUCUCUAACUUAACUUUAUUUAUACGGAGCUCUAUAUUUAUAUACACUGGUAAAUGCUUGGCUGGUUACAAUGUCAAUUACCAAAACGUCUUUGAUUAUUUAUAUGUGUUCUCUUGUGGCCAUAAAUGAUGCAUCAUUUUGUUCUUUACUUUGUUUUUCCACCUGAAAAAAGUGCUUUUAUAUUGUUCCCUGUUUGCUGCAUUUCAUUUGUGUUGUCUUUAACAUGUUGCAGUCGUUCCAGACAUUUCAUGUACCGAGAAUGAAGAGCUCGCUGAGAGGCUUUUUUUUCACUGUUCACCAAAAUGAAUGUUAUAUUUAUACAUGAUGGCAACACGUCACUGCAAUAUUCA